AUUAUUACGUACCUUGCUUGUGUUUCGUGGAAACCUUUAGUUGAAGGACAUUGCAUGAUAGUGCCAAUUUGUCAUUAUUCAUCAACGACGCAUCUCGAUGAAGAUGUCUAUGAUGAAAUGCGAAUUUGGCGAAAGGGAUUAGUGGCAAUGUGGAAAGCACAAAAUAUGGAUUGUGUUUUUAUUGAAAUGGCAAAUAAUGUCAAAAAUCGUGGACACAUGUUUAUAGAAUGUAUUCCUUUGCCAGUUGACAUCGGUGAAAUGAUUCCAAUCUAUUUUAAAAAGGCAAUCGAUGAAGCUGAAACCGAAUGGUCAAACAAUAAGAAAUUAAUUGAUUUAAAUAAGAAAGUUCCAAAAGGUUUUCCAUAUUUUGCUGUCGAUUUCGGUUUACAUGCCGGUUAUGCUCAUGUUAUCGAAAAUGUUGAUCGUUUCCCAAAGAAUUUCGCUUACGAAAUAAUCGGAGGAAUUUUGGAUUUGGAUUUUGGUUUGUCGAGAAAAAAAGAAAAUUUAAAAGGUGAACAAUUAAAUAGAAAUUGCGAGCAUAUGAAAGAAUUAUGGUUGCCUUACGAUUGGACGGAAAAAGUUAAGAAAUCUCUUGCUAAUCAAUGA